CCUGUUGCUGGUCAUCUGUCUGGCUGCCGGGUCUCUGGCCGUCCCCAGACUGCGGAGUGGCCUGGGAAGUCUCCUGCCAACCUCUCCAGCCUAGACCCCUCAGCCACUCUGCCCCAAGAUGGGCCGCGGGGACGGACGCGAGUCCUCGCCUGCCGCCACCACUGCAGAGAAUGGAGGCGGCAAGAAGAAGCAGAAAGAGAGGGAGCUGGAUGAGCUGAAAAAGGAGGUGGCCAUGGACGACCACAAGCUAUCCUUGGAUGAGCUGGGCCGCAAAUACCAAGUGGACCUGUCCAAGGGCCUCACCAACCAGCGGGCCCAGGACAUUCUGGCUCGGGACGGACCCAACGCCCUCACCCCACCCCCAACAACCCCCGAGUGGGUCAAGUUCUGUCGCCAGCUUUUCGGGGGCUUCUCCAUCCUUCUGUGGAUCGGGGCCAUCCUCUGCUUCCUGGCCUACGGCAUCCAGGCUGCCAUGGAAGAUGAACCGUCCAACGACAAUCUCUAUCUGGGCGUGGUGCUGGCAGCUGUGGUCAUCGUCACGGGCUGCUUCUCCUACUACCAAGAGGCCAAGAGCUCCAAGAUCAUGGACUCCUUCAAGAACAUGGUUCCGCAGCAAGCCCUCGUCGUGCGGGAGGGCGAGAAGAUGCAGAUCAACGCGGAGGAAGUGGUGGUGGGAGACCUGGUGGAGGUGAAGGGUGGAGACCGCGUGCCUGCUGACCUCCGGAUCAUCUCUUCUCACGGCUGUAAGGUGGACAACUCAUCCCUAACUGGGGAGUCAGAGCCCCAGACCCGUUCCCCUGAGUUUACCCAUGAGAACCCCCUGGAGACCCGCAAUAUCUGUUUCUUCUCUACCAACUGUGUGGAAGGCACUGCCAGGGGCAUCGUGAUCGCCACAGGUGACCGGACGGUGAUGGGCCGCAUAGCCACUCUGGCCUCAGGCCUGGAGGUGGGGCGGACCCCGAUAGCCAUGGAGAUUGAACACUUCAUCCAGCUGAUCACGGGGGUGGCUGUGUUUCUGGGCAUCUCCUUCUUCGUGCUGUCCCUCAUCCUGGGCUACAGCUGGCUAGAGGCAGUCAUCUUCCUCAUCGGCAUCAUCGUGGCCAAUGUGCCCGAGGGGCUGCUGGCCACCGUCACGGUGUGUCUGACCCUGACAGCCAAGCGCAUGGCGAGGAAGAACUGCCUGGUGAAGAACCUGGAGGCGGUGGAGACGCUGGGCUCCACCUCCACCAUCUGCUCUGACAAGACGGGCACCCUCACCCAGAACCGUAUGACCGUCGCCCAUAUGUGGUUUGACAACCAGAUCCAUGAGGCUGACACCACCGAAGACCAGUCUGGGGCCACAUUUGACAAGCGAUCUGCAACGUGGACGGCCCUGUCUCGGAUUGCUGGCCUCUGCAACCGAGCCGUCUUCAAGGGUGGGCAGGAGAACAUCUCUGUGUCUAAGCGCGACACAGCGGGCGACGCCUCCGAGUCAGCUCUGCUCAAGUGCAUUGAGCUGUCCUGCGGCUCUGUGAGGAAGAUGAGGGACAGGAACCCCAAGGUGGCGGAGAUUCCUUUCAACUCCACCAACAAGUAUCAGCUGUCCAUCCACGAGCGAGAAGACAGCCCCCAGAGCCACGUGCUGGUGAUGAAGGGGGCCCCCGAGCGCAUCCUGGACCGGUGCUCCUCCAUCCUGGUGCAGGGCAAGGAGAUCCCGCUGGACAAGGAGAUGCAAGACGCCUUUCAGAACGCCUACAUGGAGCUGGGAGGACUUGGGGAGCGAGUGCUGGGGUUCUGUCAGCUGAAUCUGCCCUCUGGAAAGUUUCCUCGCGGUUUCAAAUUCGACACGGAGGAGCUGAACUUCCCCACGGAGAAGCUCUGCUUCGUGGGGCUCAUGUCCAUGAUCGACCCUCCCCGGGCGGCUGUGCCUGACGCUGUGGGCAAGUGUCGGAGUGCAGGCAUCAAGGUGAUCAUGGUGACUGGGGACCACCCAAUCACAGCCAAGGCCAUUGCCAAAGGCGUGGGCAUUAUAUCAGAGGGCAAUGAAACUGUGGAGGACAUUGCGGCCCGGCUCAACAUCCCCGUCAGUCAAGUCAACCCCAGAGAGGCCAAGGCGUGUGUGGUGCACGGCUCUGACCUGAAGGACAUGACGUCGGAGCAGCUGGACGAGAUCCUCCGGAACCACACGGAGAUCGUCUUUGCGCGGACGUCUCCGCAGCAGAAGCUCAUCAUCGUGGAGGGCUGCCAGCGGCAGGGGGCCAUCGUGGCGGUGACAGGCGACGGGGGGAACGACUCCCCGGCGCUGAAGAAGGCGGACAUCGGCAUCGCCAUGGGCAUCUCGGGCUCCGACGUCUCUAAGCAGGCAGCGGACAUGAUCCUGCUGGACGACAACUUCGCCUCCAUCGUCACGGGCGUGGAGGAGGGCGUCUGCUGCCUGAAGAAAUCCAUCGCGUACACCCUGACCAGCAACAUCCCCGAGAUCACGCCCUUCCUGUUCUUCAUCAUCGUCAACAUCCCCCUGCCGCUGGGCACCGUCACCAUCCUCUGCAUCGACCUGGGCACCGACAUGGUCCCCGCCAUCUCCCUGGCCUACGAGGCCGCUGAGAGUGACAUCAUGAAGCGGCAGCCGCGGAACCCGCAGACGGACAAGCUGGUGAACGAGAGGCUCAUCAGCAUGGCCUACGGGCAGAUCGGGAUGAUCCAGGCACUGGGCGGCUUCUUCACCUACUUCGUGAUCCUGGCUGAGAACGGUUUCCUGCCGACACGGCUGCUGGGGAUCCGCCUUGACUGGGAUGACCGGUCCACCAAUGACCUGGAGGACAGCUAUGGGCAGGAGUGGACCUACGAGCAGCGGAAGGUGGUGGAGUUCACCUGCCACACGGCCUUCUUUGUCAGCAUCGUCAUCGUGCAGUGGGCCGACCUCAUCAUCUGCAAGACCCGCCGCAACUCGGUCUUCCAGCAGGGCAUGAAGAACAAGAUUUUGAUUUUUGGGCUCCUGGAAGAGACGGCGCUGGCUGCCUUCCUAUCCUACUGCCCAGGCAUGGGUGUGGCCCUCCGCAUGUACCCGCUCAAGGUCACCUGGUGGUUCUGCGCUGUCCCCUACAGCCUCCUCAUCUUCAUCUACGAUGAGGUCCGGAAGCUCAUCCUGAGGCGAUACCCCGGAGGCUGGGUGGAAAAGGAGACGUACUACUGAGCACACUGGAAAGAAGAACCAGGACGGGAAAGACGGGGUGCCCUGGAGGAGUUGCAGGGAUGGUGAUGGGGAGGGGUGGUUUCAGGGGAAGAUUUGGGGAGAAAGAAUGAGGCCAUUUAAUAGGCUAAAUGGGGGGUGGGGUGGGCAAAUAAGCUUGGGGUGAUUGCCCCAGAGACCUAACUCUGAACAGUCAGAUUAGACACUCUCCCCGGGUCCUGGUCCCUCCCACUCCACCAUGUUGUCUAUUUUUAGGAGGAACUGAAGGCUACUCCAGCCGCCCCAUUCCCUGUCCCUCUGCCCCCACCCCUCACUAGAACAGACCAACUUCCAAAGACAGGAACAUGUCUAACCAGGAGGAAGGAAACGGUCUCAGGUCCCCAGUUGCACCCCAUGUCCCACCUUCACCCCUCUUCCUCUUCCUGCCCAACUCUGCCCCUGCUUCCCUGUCUGACCCAGAAACCACAAAUGGUUCCUCCCGUCGAGGCCAGAAAGGGAAGUUGUUUGGGAAGCUGGCCUGUCUCCCAGUCCCGGCUAGUUAGGAGCCUCUGGAGGAGACCGGGCAGGCGCAGACAGUGAGAGGUCAGGGUAUGGGGCGGUGGCAACCAGCAGGGGGAGAGGCAGGGGAAAGAAAGAGAGCCCUGCAUUGGACAUCUGGAAGCUCCAGGUAGACACCUGGGCUCCAGCUCUGGGUCCCAGCCUUUUAGAUUGCCCUGCCGGCAGAUCAAGGUCAGUGUCAUAAUCUCUGAGAUCCCACACCCAGAGUUCCCACUGACCUUGCUUGGUGGUCUGUCUGGUCCGUGAGGCCCAGACGUCACAUCACCGAUGCCCCAGCUCUCUCGAUCACACGCACUUGGUGACACCUGCCCUUUGGAAUGCUAGGAACUCGGAAGUUCCACGUUGUUCUGAGAGGAAUGGCUGCCUGUUCAUUCCCUGCCCCUCUCGCCCCUCUCCCCUCAUGCCCAUGCUGAUGAACCUGCUUUAUUCCUAGGCACCACCAAGCCAGGAGCUCCCUGGCCAACAGCUGGAAUUGGGGUGCAGGGGUUCCCAGAGCUUCCUGUCUUCAAGGGACAGGCAGAGUCAGCUUAGGUCAUGAACACGGUCAGGCCAGAGGGAAAGCACUAGGGACCUGCCUUUGGCCUCACAGUCAGCAGGCUGUUCCUCCCAGGCAAACGCCCUUCAUCUGAUGUUCAUUGUGCCACUUUCUCAUGGUGCCCGCAGUUGGUCUCCCGUUCCUACGGGAGAUACUGUUCCCUCCCUACCCCCCUCUCCUCCUAGCGUUUCUGCUCUGCAGGCAGCUCUGCCCAUUCUUUGAGGCUGGUUUAGAAGGCACUGGGCAUGUCCUGCAGAGAGACCUAGAUGAACAAAGCAAGUGAGAGACACCGAAGGAAAACGGAGGCCUAAGGCAGAAAGGAAGGAAGCAGAAAAAGCAUACUCUAGGCCAAGCCCAUAAGCCACCUCCCAAGGUCUGUUACUUCAUUACAGUGGAAUUCUACUUUAUGGGAAGUGCCUUGAAGUAAGUGUCAUUGCCUUGGGCUCGGAAAACUAAGUGGGAAACCACAUAAAUUAGGGCCUGGUUAAUUUGAGAUUUAUUGACUGUGGACAAAAGUUUAUCUUUGUACAAUUAAUACAAAAGGCGAUUGCUUAGUAAAUUAAGAGCACAACAAUGUUGCUAAGGAUGGCAUAUUUAGACUCCCUAAAACAAUCCUUUUCAAGCACUUUAGGAAUCGCCAUUUAGACGUUGUGAGUGUAUGGGCUAAUUAUCAUUAAUUCUUAUGUAUUUGUUAAAGAAACAUCUGCAAGACCUUUACUUGGUGACCUUUUAUAAGACAUUAGUUUGAGGCACUACAUAUGUACUUGAAAAUAAUAAAGAUGCAUUUCUUUAUGAAAAAA